AUGUCGGAAGCACUCGAGUUCGCUUCGUCCUCGGCAGCUCUUCUUGAGCCAUACCUGCCCCCAGUGUCUUCUCAAUCAACAGCCGCGAAACCCUUUGUCACUCUUACAUUUGCGACCUCAUUGGACUCCUCGCUAUCUCUCGCUCCGGGCGUACGCACCCGUUUGUCUGGCCCGGGAUCCAAAGCCAUGACUCACUAUCUUCGCUCUCGACACUCGGCUAUUCUGGUUGGCAUCAACACCAUGCUGGCCGACGACCCGGGACUCAACUGCCGGAUUUCUGGAGCGUCAUCCCAGCCUCGACCGAUCAUCAUUGAUCCGCACCUGCGUUGGACGCCGAAGCGUUCUGAUAAGGUUCUACAAAUCUGCCGAGCCGGUCAAGGUCUGGCCCCCAUUGUCUUGACGGGAUUGCAACCAGAACAGUGGCCAGAGAACAGCAUCUCGGUUCUUACUGAACAUGGUGGGAAGCUCAUCCACGUAGAGCCAAAGAAGACCGCAUCUGGUGGACGAGGCCGCUUUGACUGGCACGAUAUCCUAGACGUGCUCUCCCGGGAAGGGCUAUCAAGCCUAAUGGUUGAGGGAGGGGCUCAGAUCAUAAACUCCCUUCUAGAUAGCCAGUACCAUUCACUGGUAGACUCUGUAAUCGUCACGAUAGCGCCCACAUGGCUCGGAGAGGGAGGCGUUGUAGUCUCGCCUGCCAGAGCUCAUGACGAGCAAGGCGUGCCUAUCCCAGCCGCAAGGCUGUCAGACGUGAAAUGGCAUCCCUUUGGAGAAGACGUGGUUCUCUGUGGCAGACUAGACAAAAAAUGA